AUUACCUUGAUAUCUAAGUCUCAAUAAUAAUUGUUUAAUUAUAAAAAUUUCUCAACAAUUUUUUCUCGUUCUAGCAUCAACAAUAAAUCACGAUGUCGUUACAAUCGUAAAACAACUGACAGUACUGCGGUAAUGGAAUCGUCUUAUAGCAAAACACACAUUGUUAAAUUUUCAAUCGAAUCGACUCUCCAUAAGUGGAAAACGACAGAUCGUUUUAUACCGCUUGUGAAUGAGCAGUUUGAUAAAUUGUUUCUAUAUUGGUCUCUUAUACCAGAUAAAGUACCAGACGCUUGGGAAUGAAACGAAUCGCGGGAUUGCAGCGGCAUUGUAAUUACCGCCAUUUACUUAAAUUAUUGGCGUGGUGGAAGAAACGCCGCAAAGAGCGAGUGUCUAUAAUUCGAGGAAAAAAGGACAGCAGUACAAUCUGCGCCCGGUUUAUCAUGAGCAAUUUUCUUUAGCGCAACCCGGGGGAGAAUGGAUUCAAACGACCCUCGAUAAUGAGUACUUUGAUGUAGACAAUACGUCGCUCGAGGAAUCGCACCCACGCGACGCAGGUGACCUCCCAUGCCCUAUACGCAGCGCGUCCUUUAUCGUCGCCGUGGACACGAAACGGAGUAGCAGGGAUGACACGGGGAACGACGACUGGCCGCAGUUUGGAACAGUUCCGGAAGUUGAGCGCUCUACAUCUUACCUAUCUAAAGUAUAUUGGCUUAUGGGCCGAAUUCGACUCGAAUUCAUCUAGGUUUCUGAGAUAUCUGUAUCACGUGUACAACAAAUUUAUCCUAGCGGUCAUACUUGUCUUUAUGGUGACUCUAUUCGCUGAUAUUUGCUUGAGUUUCGACGACCUGUCGAUCGUCACGGACGACGGCUGCAUCUUCGCCGGGAUCGUCGUCGUAUUCUUCAAGGUGAUGAUCUUCCAAACUCGCCGUGAGCAGAUCGUACGAUUGCUCCAUGAAACUAUUGACGGCUGCAAUCGACUCUGCAAGUUUCCCAUUGGCGACGAAGGCGAAAUCGUGGACAAAUAUCUGCUGAUCUCCCGCGUGACCUUCUACGGGUUUAGCACCUUGGCCUUCUUCCUCGUGAUCUCUCUGCUGUUCGUCGUGCCCGUGGAGGAUGGGGAGCUUCCAAUCAGAGCGCGGUACCCCUUCAAUACGACCGUGUAUCCGUGGCACGGGAUCGGCUUCUUCGUCGAGGCUUGUACCGUCUCCGUCGGCUUGACCGCCAUCAUCGGGAUAGACAGCCUUCUCACCAAUCUAUGCAAUCUGUUUCUCGUGCAGCUCGAGAUCUUAAACACGCAUUUUAAGAACUGUGGCAACGACCGCCAGCACGACGCGACGCCAAACGGUAUCGAUAAGCGAGACAAUUCAGGUACCACCAGUAGAAACGUUUGUUACGAAGUAUCUCUUACGUUUGAGGCCAACUGCGGAAAGGAUAAUUAUGUUCCGGACGCGAUUCGCCGUGGCGACUUCAGCGUGCGGUUCGGGCGAUCCAUCCGCAAUCAUCAACGCCUGCUCGCCGUAAUAUGCGACUUCAACAAGAUCUUCAGCGCCGGGAUGUUCGUUCAGAUAGUCUCGAGCACCUCAAUGAUUUGCCUAACCGGCUUCCAAGCUGUCUUGGUUAUAGGCCAGAACAGCAACAUCCUCAAGUUUAUGGUAUACUUGAUGGCGGCCCUUUCGCAGCUCUUCUAUUUCUGUUGGAUAGGAAACGAAGUAUUGUACCAGAGCGCAUUGUUGACGCAAAACCAAUGGCUUUCGAAAUGGGAUGAAGAGCUUUCCGCCAAAACUGGUCGUUUAUUAAUACUGUCUCUAAUAUUUUCGAAGAAAGCGGUGAAGCUGAAAGCAGGUGUAUUCUUCGCCUUAUCCAUGGAGACGUAUACCUCGAUCCUGAAAGGCUCGUACUCCUUCUUCGCUCUGUUGAGCACCAUGCACUUGGAAGACGAUCAGUGAAUCUGACAACCCUUCGGCUCUAGUUACCGUAGAACAACGUCUGUGGUCGACUAUUUCCUUGCAAAGCAUAUUGGAGAUUAGAUGGCAAUAAGGUUGAAAACCGAACUACAACGUGUACGUCAAUGAUCCAGAACAAAAUGGGUGCCAUUAUUGUUAUGAGGUUUGUAUAAAGUGUCUGGAGUAUGUUGUUGAACUUUGUCGAAUAAAGUCGAAGUACAAAUAAAAAAA